AUGAAUGCUUAAGCAUAGGAUACACUUGAAAAAGUAUUUCUUUUGAAAGAAAUUUCAUUACACGAUACUAUUAGAUAGCUUAAAAAUGAAAAUGCUAUAUUGAAAACUAAGCUCUCUGAUAAGGAAAGAUAGAUCUAGGGUUUAGUUAACUAGAGUUAGGACUAUUAGAGAUUAUUUUUAAAGUAAAGGGAAGAGCUAUUAAGAUUGAGUUUAUAAAUUCAAGAGUAUUAAAGUGAAAAAGAAAAAGCUUCUCCAUAAAAGUUUAGGCUGAUAGAAAAAGAAAGAAUCGAUUCUAUUGAUCAGGAAAUGAAAUAGAUUUUAUCAAACAAAUAAUAUAGAAACAUUUAAGAAAACUAAAAUCCUAAUAAGCUUUUUGGCUAAAGUUCUACAAACAAAAAUAAUCAAUUUUCUGGCUCUCAUAAAUAAUAUAAUUUAUUUUUAGAAAAGCAAGAAAUUUUUAAGAAAGUUAAAUAGCAUUUCUUAAAUGAAAGAGAGAAAAACUUGUAAGAAAUGUACUCUGAAGAUUUUUUUGAUAUUGUAAAAAGGAAGAAAGAAGGGUAUUUAAAAUAAAAAUAAAAACUAUAAGAGAGAUUCCAAGAGAGUAGAAAAUGUGCUUCACCAUACAAGUCCAAUAAUUAAGAGAAAUCGGAUAAAUAUAGUCUAUAGCAAGAUGAAAUCGAAACUUGUCACUUGACUCCUAAUUCUAGCACUAAAGCUUUUUCUACUUAAUCUUCUCCAAAAAAAAUAUUGACUCCAUAUAAAUCAUAAAAAAUUUACACUGAAGGUAGUCCAAAAAGUAUAUUUGAUUAAGCUAGAAGUGAAAUGUAGAAUAAAAAUAAUUUUAUUCCAGAGCUUAAACAACUUCAAGUUAGCGAAUCAAUAUUUUUAAUUCCGAAAAAUAAAUUAUAGAUAUUAAAUCAAGAUAUUAUUGAAGAAAGAAGAUUAAAUAUUUUAAAAUAAAGCUAAGAAGCAUCUUGA